GGAGUGGUAGCGGUUCUGGUAGUGGAUAUGGAAGUGGAAGUGGCUCCGGUUCUGGUAGCGGUUCCGGCCAUGGUUCAGGGAGUGGUAGCAACUCUGGUGGUGGUUAUGGAAGUGGAAGUGGAAGUAGCUCUGGAUCUGGUAGUGGUUCCGGCCAUGGUUCAGGAAGUGGUAGCGGCUCUGGUGGUGGCUCUGGAAGUGGACGUGGCUCCGGAUCUGGGUAUGGAUCUGGUAGUGGUUCAGGAAGUGGAAGUGGAAGUGGAAGUGGUAGUGGCUCAGGAUCUGGGUUUGGAUCUGGUAGUGGUUCUGGAUAUGGUUCAAGGAGUGGUAGUAGCUCUGGACAAGGAUCUGGAGUAGCUAUUGGUGGUGGCUAUGGAAGUGGAAGUGGUAGUGGUUCUGGCCAAGGUUCAGGUAGUGGUAGUGGCUCUGGAUUUGGUAGUGGUUAUGGAAAUGGAGUUGGAGGUGGUGCCGGUGUAGGAUAUGGAUUUGGUAGUGGAAGUGGUGAUGGCUAUGGUUAUGCUUUUGGGAGUGAUGGUGGGUAUAGUUAUGGAGGGUUCAUUGGUGGACAUGGCUAUGGAAGUGGUGGGGGAGGUGGAGUUGGCUUUGGAUAUGGAUCUGGAUUUGGUAGUGGUUCUGGUUAUGGGUUUGGGAGUGGUAGUAGCUCUAGCUAUGGUUCUGGAGUAAUUGGUGGUGGUGGUGGUUAUGGAAGUGGAGGUGGAGGUGGUGGAGGCUCUGGAUAUGGAUCUGGUAGUGGAAGUGGUUAUGGUUCUGGCAGUGGUAAUGGGUAUGGUGCUGGAGGAUUUAUUGGUGGACGUAGCUAUGGAAGUGGUUCUAGUUAUAGUUCAGGGAGUGGUAGCGGCUCUAGCUCUGAGUCUGGGGUAGUAGUUGGUGGUGGCUAUGGAAGUGGAGGUGGAGGUGGUGGAGGCUCAGGAUAUGGGUUUGGGAGCGGAAGUGGUUCUGGCUCAGGUUACGGUUCUGGGAGUGGUAGUGGAUAUGGAAGUGGUGGUGUUGGUUUUGGUAGUGGCUCUGGCUAUGGUGGUGGCUCAGGAUAUGGGUCUGGUUAUGGUGGUGGAAGUGGCCAAAACCCAUAA